AUGUCAUGCAAUCGUUUUGGCCUAUAUACAUGUUUGCGCUGCAAGAUUUGUUGCUGUGAUGAACAUGUUCGCCGCAAGGGUUUUAAAUAUGGUAGAGAUAUUAAAGAUUUGCCGUGCCCAAAAUGUGGCUAUCCGACCAGUGAAACAAAGGAGUUCAAUAUUUCAGCACGAAAACAUGUCUAUGCACGUCAGGUUCGUGCAUUUCACAAUUAUGAUGGCAACGAGAAGGCAGGCAAAUUUAAUAAAUUUAAUAAAGGAGGAGAGUUCAAAGAUGUUAAUUACAAUGAAGAAGGAUUCUAUGACAACGGUGAUAGUGAUGGGUUCAGUCUUUAUGGUCAAAACAGUGAUGCUAAUUCCGAUGACAAUGACAAUAAUGUUAAUUAUGAUGACGGGGACAACGAUGGAGACAAUGAUGUUAACCAUGAUGAGGGCGACGACAAUGUUAAGCAUGAUGAUGCUAAUCGUGAUGACGAAGACAGUGGUAAUAAUGAUAUUAAUGAAGAUGAGAAUCAUGGUGAUAGUGACGAUGACAGUCAUGAUGAUAAUAAGAAAUAA